AUGUUACGUUUAGGUAAAGAUAAUGAUUUUGAUGCAGUUUAUUCAAUCUAUAUGCAUCCAACGGUUAAUCCAUAUUUAAAUUUUGAAAUAAUGAGUAAAGAAGAAUUUUUACCAUUAUUUAAUGAAUUGACAACAUCUGACACAUUGUAUAUAUAUGAGAAUACUGAUGGACAAGUAGCAGCUACAUGCAUUGCAGAGCGUUUACAACGACGUUGUGCACAUAUUAUUUGUUUAACAAUAUUUGCAACAAAUCCAAAUUUUCAUCGGCAAGGUAUUGGUACAAAAUUUAUGCAUGAAUUAAUUUAUGAAUUAAGAAAAGACGAACAAAUUAAACGUAUUGAAUUAUAUGCAGAAGCUGAUAAUGAAAUCGCUCUAAAAUUUUAUAAAAAACUUGGUUUUCAAGUAGAAGGAUGUUUAAAAGGAUAUUUUAAACGAGCAAAAGAUAAUCAAUUUGUUGAUGAAAUUGUUUUAGCAAUGGUUUUUCAUUAA